AUGGGUGGUUCAAGUACUUGUAAUGUACCAUUGGAGGAAAAUUUGGUAUACGAUGUUGAACUUCUUCCUCAUGAUCCAGGAAAAAGUAUAAACAUAAUGGAUUACCCCCCAAAUGAACGAAAUGCAGUUAGGAGGGGUUAUAUUCUUAAAAAACCUUGCCAACCAAAAACACAUGACUUUCCUCAAAGACAAGUGCCUGGUUUACAUCGCUUUAGUGUUCAUUGGUUCAAGAAAUGGGAUUGGCUUGAGUAUAGUAUUGAAAAAGAUGCCGCAUUUUGUUUUGUAUGUUACUUGUUCAAGAAUGAAGUUGAUAGUUAUUCGGGGGGUGAUGCAUUUGUUGAUGGAGGGUUUAGGGCAUGGAAUAAACCGGAAAGAUUUGAGAAGCAUGUUGGUGGAAUUAACAGUGCUCAUAAUCUUGCUUAUGAGAAAUAUGUGAAUUUAAGAGAUGGAAAAAAAAUCAAUCUUGAAUGUGUUUGA